CAUACUGCUUGACAAGCUGUGGGAGACCUCUAGAUCUGUGUUGUGUCUCUUCUAGUAGUUAAUUUUGAAACUCGAGGCUUUGUGGAACAGGGUUCUGUCUAAUUGUAAAGCAUAAAUUCAGCAUAAGAGUUCAAUAUUGGAGGUUUAUGAAAACAAUUCUUUUUUAUAAUUGCUCUCUUCUGUGUUAACUUUAGGUUAUUAAAGAUGAUCUGUGGCUUCAAAAAGAGAUGGGAUGUCUGGGAAUGGCUGCAAUGCCUUUACCUCUGGUCCUUCAAGCGAGUGAAGCCCCUCACCGGCUCUUGACAUCUGCAGCCUCGGAUGAUCAGUGGAGCCAUUCACUGUUUGCUUUGAUACCCUCAUGGACAAGGAAGAUUUUGUUCAAACGAGAGUCUUCUGUUAACCACCAGCUGCCUGAAGAUGUGUCCAGUAUGUCAUUGUCUUCUGGACUUGGAAUAACCCUUCAGAAAUGUGGCAUGGUGGAUGUUGAACAUGACCCUCAAACUGCAUACAUUACACUUCUGAUUAAUAACACCAACAUGCUGUUCUCAACAAACAUUACAGACCUUAUCCUCCUGGACAAUAUCACUGGUCUAGAUGUUCAAAAAAACAGUGGUAAUAAGACGACAGAUGGUAUACAGAUUUACAGGAAAAGAUUCUUGCAAGGUGGAGAGUACUUUGCAAUCAACUACUCUGCACUUCUUGAUGCAAAGGAAAUGUGGGAUGGCAGGGUUUUGACACUACCUGUGAAGCUAACAUUCCGGAGUUCUUCACAGAAUAAAACGGAUCUCAUAUCAUUGACAGCAUCGUUCACCAUAACUGAAGAAGAAAAGACCAAGAUUUCGUACAGCCUUGCCAUCCAUGCUUCUGGGUUCUUCAUUGCUUUUUUUGUUUCCCUUGUAUUGACAAGUGCUAUUUUUUGUAUUGUUUACCGAACCCAAAUAUUAAAAUGGAGUUUCCGUAGUAAAAACGAGGAGAUACAUCAUGAACUCAACCAAAAUCACAAACUGGAGCAUUCUCAGUUUAAUUCAGGUGAUCUCUUUAGUGAAGAUAUUAUGAAUGACCAAAUCAUCGAUAUUCUGUCCUUUGAAGAAUCUGGGAAUAUGCUUCAGGCUUUAGAAGACUUGGAGGUCGCCAGCCUGACGCGGGCAGAUGCUGAUCUGGAGGCAUAUCGAAUGCAGAUGUGUAAAGAAGUGAUCGCUAUGAUGAUGAAGAACAUGGUCUUAAGUCACAGCCUCUUUCCUCAUGUGGAGAAGAGGAUGAGUUCAAUUUUCAAAAAGCAGUUCCUUGCAAUGGAGAAAGAGAUUCAAGAAGAGUAUGAAAGGAAGAUGGUGGCUUUAACAGCUGAAUGUAAUCUGGAAACUAGGAAGAAAAUGGAGGCUCAACACCAAAAAGCAAAAAAUGCAAAUGAAGAGGCUGAAGAAUUAAUGAAAAAAACUAAUGAAAAGCCUGCUGUAGAGUACAGAAGUCUUCUUGACAGACUUCACAGACUGGAGCAGGACCACCUGAAGAGGUUCCUUCUGGUAAAGCAGGAAGAAUAUUUUGCAAAGGCUUAUAGGCAGCUGGCUGUUACCCAGAGAAAGGAGCUCCAUAACAUCUUUUUUACACAGAUAUCAAAUGCUACUUUCAAGGGAGAACUGAAGUUGGAAGCAGCUAAAACUUUAGUGGAAGAUUACUCUAAAAUACAGGGAGACAUUGAAGAGCUAAUGGAUUUUUUGCAAGCUAGCAAGAAAUACCAUCUGAAUAGAAGAUUUGCCUACAGAAAAUAUCUUAUAAGUAAGAUACACUUGAGGUAUUCUCAAGCUUCUGCUCUUAUAAAUGCAGCAGCAACCCAGAUAUCAAGUCUCAUUAAUAAGAUGGAAAGAGCAGGCCAUCUACCUGAAAGCCAUUUGGGAGUGCUGCUGGACCGAGCUGAGGCUGAAAUUAAUUCUGUUAAACAGAAAUUCGAUCAUGAUUUCAAACAAGAAAAGCAAAAGCUUCGCCAGAAACUCAUUACCAAGCGAAGGCGGGAAGUGCUACAAAAGCAGAAAGAGCAUCGGAAGGAGCAGCUGUCACUUGGAGACCCUUUCAAAACUACUAAGGAGAUCACUCCCUACCUCAGCCAGUGGAAAAAUCUUCUGAGCGAUCACACCAUUGAAUUUGAAGAACUUACUGAAAAGCUUGACAAUGAGGCCAGUGAAGAGCUGAAAGAGCUUCUAUUUAGUCUAACAGAGAAAACUGUUGAAGAGCUUAAACGUGUUCAGUAUGGAGUAUUUGUGCAAGAACUGGUGAAGCUCAGUGUGCCAAAGAUGUUCCUGCUGGAAGCUGUGGAGGAACAUAAAAAAGAAAUGGUUGUUAAACACGAGCAGCUUGAAAGGGAAGAGCGUGAUAAGAGCGUGGCAGCUGAAGAGCUGCUUCAGCUCACCAGGCAGAAGCUCAGCCAAGAACUAGAAACGAGCAUUUUGGAACAAAAAAAAUUAAGGAGCUGGGAACAAUCAGUAUUCAUGCAUCUUCUAAGUUUACCCCUGUCACUAUCAGAAGAGGAAUUGCUUAGAAUGAGGCAAGAGCUGCACUGCUGCUUCUCUCAGGUGGACAGCAGCUUGGCUUGGCCCAAGAUAAGAGCCAGAACCUUGCUUCAGACAUUUGAGAUGGAGCAGAGGGAUGCAGAGAUGCUGAAAGUCGAUCAGACUUUAGCAAUGACCAAUAAACAGCAGCAUUCUAAAAUGAAAGCACCAGGAUCCAGGAACAGAAAUAAGAUAGAUAUUCUGAAGAAAUCUUUACAGGACAAAAUACUUAUUUAUGAAGACUCAGUGAAAGAUGAAAAUUUGAAUAAGGUUCAGUUUGAGUUGCUGCUUGAGCGAGAGUGUCAACUGCGUGAUCUGGAAAAUAAACUUGGAGAGUAUAUUGCUGCUUUAGCCUUUCAAAAGACUGUUAAAAAAUCCAAAAUGUUGGAGCUGUAUACUGCUGUCAUAAGUGUGCAAGCUUUGCUCUUUGAACAACUGAGCACGUCAAAAACCCUGUCAAAAUUGGAAUGUAUUCAGAUUUUAGAAGCACAUAAUCCUGAGAUUGAAGAACUUGACAGGAAGCUGGAGUAUGAGAUGUUGCAUAAGGAGUCAGCUCAGAGGCAGCAGCAUCUAACGAGCAGGCAGAGGUGGACCCCAGAUGGAUUUGGACUUUUGAGUGAAGCUGUGGAAACAAAUGCAGACAGACAGGUGACAGUUCUGCUAAGACAGGCCAUGAGUAAAUGUGGGCAAUUUAUAAAUCUGCACCAGCAAAGUCUGAGAGAUGAGCAAUGGAAUUGCGUGGUGCUUGAAGAUCUCCUGGAAAAUAUAGAAAUGGAUGCAUUUUUGGCACUUUAUAGUCAGGAGCUCCGUCUGGCAGGUUAUUUAGCUAAACUCAUGAGGGUACCAAUGGGGAUGUUGCAUAGGAUCCUGAAUUUGUUGCUGCCCUCCAGCUCACAAAGUGAGGUUCUUUCUGUCCUCAAUUCCAUCAGUAAAUAUUCAGAUGGUGUUGCUGAAAGUGACAGUAAUGCAGAUGAGUCUGGCAGCUGUAAGAAAAGGAAGAACCAGGAGUUGUGGCAAACACUGGAGGACAAAGUAAGGCAAGAUCUCAUAAACAGAAGUUUGGAAAAGUUCCCUUCUCUAAACAAGAGAAAAGACAGCUUGGUAAAGAAGAAGCAACUUGCCCUCUUGGAAGAAGCCUCAUUCCUUCAUCUUGGAUGUUUGCCUACACGUCCUCCUAUGGAACAGUCUGACCCUCCUGUUCCCUUGAACAUUGCAGCUGCAGAAGCCAUAGAGCUAUUAGACACAGGGGAGAAGGUGGUGGUGUUCCGUGAGCUGAGUCAUCCAAUACUUUCUUUGCAUAAUUCUCCCAGGAAAAAGAAAAAGAACUUUCUGAAUUCCAAAAAGGCUGCUCAUGCAAAUAUGGACUCGUGAGGGCGACUUCCAUUCCAAAGUAUCAAUUAGGGAAGAGGAAGUUAUUUAAAAUUCAGCAAAAUAAUGAGAAAGAAUGAAGUGUGCAGUUUAAAUAACACGUACAUUGUUUUAAUCUCAUUUGUCUGACAUUGUAAAUAGCUGUAAUUUUAGAACGCCGCAGUUAGCAACGUGCAUUGUGCAUUUUUUAAUUCUUGUCAGCGUAUGAUGCAGUAGAUGAAAUAUGGAUGUUUUAUGACGCACUUUCUGGCAGGCAGGACUGUUCUUUCAGUACAUUUUCAUCAUUUUUGCACUGAUUUUACUGUAGCUGUAUUUUCAUUAUUUAUAGGAAGGCUAUUUAUUAUAUAAAGUAAGUACUGAUUUACUAUUCUUGUAUUUAUGUAUUCUUGUAAUAAGCUACGGUAUAGCAGAUGGCAUGAAGAGAUGAAGUGGAUGACCCACAAGUCCUCUGUUCUCUGAUUUUCUGUUAUUCUAGCUAAUUUACUGUUUAAUAUUGUGUUCCUUAUAGGCUUUGAGGGUUGCUUCUGCAGUCUGUGUUCUACAAUGAUAGCUCAUAGUCCAGAUAUUCAGCAUAUACACACGAACUAAGCCUUACAGCCUGGAGUCACUUCAGCUUUUCGCUAUUCUUUCUAAAAUUACUUCAGUUGAACUAUGAAUGUGGCUGCAGUUGAAAAGUGUACUAAAUAUUUGCAACUUAAUGCAAUCUUUUUCUUGGGGAACCAAUGUUCACACUUGCUCAGCAGAAAAGGGAAAAUUGUAAAUGGGCAUGUAAUACCUUCAAAAGCUUUUUUGAUUGCAAUACUGCCACUUGCCACAAUUUUAGGUGUGUAUUUUUGAAGUUCUUAUUCCCAGAUUUCUCUAAAUUGAUGAGAAUGUAAUUUUAUAUUUCAAAAAGAGUUCAUUUCUAAACCUUUCUAGUUGACAGAAAACAGCCUGUUAAGUAUGAACUCUAAAAACAGGAACAGGAAAAGGCUAAUUAAAGAAACACAGAUAUUUAUUAAUAUUUCAUGAUAUUCAAGCCUGUUUUGAAAUUUUUUUGAACUGCAUUUAAAUGUUAUGCUCUAAGGGUACUGUGAUCAUAUAUUUUGCAAUUUUUCACGCAUGGAGUUUGUGGUUCUUUUUAUUACUAGGGUGCCAAUUUCAUUAUAAAAAUAAAAAU